AUGUUUCCGCUUCGUGUCCGCUUCUCCGCCACUCUUAUCACGCCUUUCCCACCACCACCGCGCGCCCUACUGGAUUCGCUCGCCGAUGGUAGUGAGGGGGUUCAGGGGUACAGCACCCGCCCCUCCGUCCUGCUUCGUGUGCGCCUUCCGGAAUCCUCCUCCCCUCACCUCAUCCGUCAGCUCCGCUCGUCCACUACUCAAUGGGGAGAUGGUCCCAUGCCGCUGGUAGAACCAGAAGCCGCGGAGACAGACAGGGAGGCGCCAAACAGACCGCUGUCGCCGAGAUCGCCGGCGCGCAGUGAAGUGCCCGGUGUGCGACGCGUGGAGGAGGCGAUCGCCGCCAUUCGACGAGGAGAGGUGAGCGCGACAGUGGUGUGGCUGGGGGAGAGGGUUCGGGCAGUAGACGACUGGAUGGGGAGCGAAUGGCGCGAAGUUCGCAGUAAGCCGUGGAAGCCGACAGCGCCAGCUUUAUUCAGUCUGAACCUGUUCCUGUGCUCACCUGCGCUCGCCAUUGCUCGAAUUGUGGUGGUGGUGGACGAACACUCGCGGGAUGUCGCUGAUCUUAUCAUGCCCGCGUCGCUCGCGACGGCGGAGCGCAUGGCCUUCAUGGUUCGCCACGGCAGCGGCAUCGUCUCCGCCGCCGCGUCCCCCGCUGUGCUAGACCGCCUCUCCAUUCCGCCCAUGCUGGCGGGCGCCGAAGGCAUAGCGAAGAACGGCUCGCCGUCCUCCGUGUCGGUGGACGUUGCGGUGGGCACCACAACGGGCAUCUCCGCGGCGGACAGGGCGCGCACGCUGAGGGCCCUCGCGGACGCGCACUCGCUACCCGCUGACUUCUGCCGCCCGGGCCACAUCUUUCCGCUGCGCGCGCAUCCGGGCGGAGUGCUGCGCCAAGCUAUGCGCGUGGAGGCGGCGGCGGACAUGGCCGUGCUGGCGGGGCUGCCGCCCGUGACAGCUGUCACGGAGCUGCUCAAUGAUGACGGCUCGCUGCCCGAUGCCGCUCAGACGCAGCAGUUUGUCGCCCAGAAUGCGCUCACGCUGAUCUCCAUUCAGGAUAUCGUCAGGCACCGGCGGCUGGUAGAGCGCACAGUGCGGCGCACAGCGCUGGCGCGGCUGCCCACGGAGUGGGGCACGUUUGACAUCGUGAGCUACAUCAGCGAUGUGGACGGCAUCGAGCACGUCGCCAUGGUCAAGGGUGACAUCUCAUCAGGCGAGGACGUGAUGGUGCGAGUGCACAGCGAGUGCCUCACAGGUGACAUUUUUGCCUCCGCCCGCUGCGACUGCGGCCCCCAGCUGCAGCAAGCUUUGCGACGCAUAGAGGCCAAAGGCCGUGGCGUGUGCAUCUACCUGCGCGGGCAGGAGGGCCGGGGAAUCGGGCUAGGGCACAAGCUGCAGGCAUAUAACCUGCAGGACAUGGGGCGGGAUACAGUGCAGGCUAAUCUGGAUUUGGGCAUGCCGGCUGAUGCUAGGGAGUACAGCGCUGCGGCGCAUAUCUUGAGGGAUCUGGGCGUGCGGUCGCUGCAGCUGAUGACGAAUAACCCCGCGAAGCUGACGGCAAUCAGUGAAUUAGGGUUUGCUGUCAACGGACGAGUGCCAGUGCUCUGCCCCAUCAACAUUGAGAACCGGAGAUAUUUGGAGACAAAGCGCGCUAAGAUGGGCCAUCUCUAUGACGCAUCGCUGGCACAGCCUAUUAGCGGCAGCUGGGAGGCACGGGGGGAGGAUGUCGAGGAGGUGGAAGAUGCUGAGAGAAGAGUGUAG